ACGUCAGCGGAAGACUUCAACCCGAACAAUGGCCGACUUGACUUCGCACUUUGGUGGAGUUGAUGUCAGCUCGAUCGACGAGUGUGGCGCAGAGAAGAAGAAACAACAGUUGAACGAAUAGAAUACCACUUAUCACCAUGGCGGCGGCAUUUUACCUCAACGUCGCUGUGCUGGGGUGCGAAGGGAGUGGCAAGUCAUCAGUGGUGAACGCCUUGGCUAGCGGCCUUGUCGCUGAAAUUGGUCGUCAAGAAGGAAAACGAACGACCGAAAGCAUUGAUGCCUUUGAGCUUGGGAACUCCGAUGAAUCCAGCCAGAAGAACAGUAGUAGUGCAUCGGAUCACGUCGAUCCGGAUCCUAUCAAAGCCAUCUACAAUCAAGUCAAAUUGAAGAAUGAGUCUCUACGUAGCAACGACGACGAGAAGAAAGGUGAUGAGGACGCGGUGAGCAACCACUACUACAUGGUGCCUGCUCGGAAACAUCCCAUCGCCAUGUGGCAUGGCUGUCGAUUGACUCUGAUGGACACACCCAGUAUGGACGCACGUGUUCGGUCUUACUGUCGGCAGCAAUGGGGGUCGCUGGAUGCCACAAUUGUCGUUUUAGAUGCCACAAAGCCGGUGGAAGACACACAACAAAUUGAACUCCUCAAGUUUGUCCAGAUGACUCGUGACAAAAUGGGAAGGGUUCCCUGCUUCAUCCUAUGGAACAAAAUCAAGGAUGCCGUUCAGUUGACCAAGGAAGAGCAACAGAUGUUCCAAGAGACACACAAACUCAUCGAAACCGUCUUUGGUAAAAGCCCAGAUCAACAAUUAGAGCACUCCACCCCCAACAAUAACAACUACCCCGUCUUGGUGCCCACAUCGACCACAUCAGCGCUUCUUUUCGAUGCCGGUUCUGGAAUGAGCAAAGAAGAAUUCACAAAACAAGUCCCUUUGAAUUGGUUCGACGAGAUUGGCAGACAAGAAUGCGGGGCUGACGAAUGGGGCCCGUUCUCUGUCGAGCAAAAGUUUGACAAGAUGCACGCUCUGCUACAACACAAUCAAACCGACAACAACGAUAGCACUGGCGGCGACAACAGUGCCGAUAGCUUUCGGGGGCGUCUCUGCCGUGGCUCGGGUUUCGACAAAUUGGUCCUGGCAAUGGAGCAGCGUAUUGGAGGACACAUUCAGCCAGCGAUUGCCGAGAGAGCCUUGGAGCACAUGAUGAAGAACAAUGAUGCCAAUCCGUCUCACUUUUUGAACCAUCUGGAGGUAUUUAUGGAGAUGCACAAAGCGCUGGGAAAGUCCACACACCAGCUGCGGGAAAGGUGUUGGGAGGGGUACGAUAAGAUGGCAAAGGCUGCGUCCGAUACCUUUUCGACGGACUACGGCGAGGGCCUCAAAGAUUUGGUCCAUGUCGCAUACCAGUUGCAAAGUUUGCAGUGUCUGUGUUCCGACGAGGGACACCAAGAAGGCAUGGACAAAGAAUGGGCCAAACUGAUUAUGGGAUUCUUGGCGACCAUCAACCAUCAUGCAAACACCUGGGAUAUCAAACGAUGGUUUAGCGUGGAGGAAAAGGAGCGAAGAACGUCGACAACCUGGAGAACAUUGUCCCCAAUCGACUGGCACAAUCUUCUAGAGUCGGUUCUGCUGCUACGAUGCGAGCCAAUGUUUGCUCGGUGCUUCGGCCCUGAAAUCCUGGUCUUGGAGCAACAUAAAUCACAACUCCAAGGGCAUCUGUCUCGGUGUUCGAAAGGCGGCCGCAAGAAUUGCUCGUUUGGUGACCACAAGAGCAUUCAUGAAGUUUGCAAGGUGGAACUAGCUGCUACUCCUGGCGGAAGAGCAAUCCCAUUGAACAAGUCUCAUGACCGAUUCGUUUCUCUUGAGAUACCAAGAGACUUUGCAACCGCCCAAAAUCAUUUUGGCCACAUCAUUUAUCUGUUUUGCCGAUCCAAGGACAACCAUGCUGCCAGACCCUUGCCAAGUUUCUGGACGACACCGGUGGUUGAGGAGUCCAGCGUGGUACCUGUGGCGACAGUGGCAUCAAAGAACGCAAAUGAAAGCGCUGAGCCGACAACGAAUUUGUCAUCCAAGAAGGCAGACGAAAGCUGCGGCGUGACAGAUCCGACGUUCCAUUCCUCUGUCGCUACCAAUGAAGCUGAUUCUUCUCGACCAAAGAAGAAAGGGAGAGCGACUAACGAUGGAGCCGCUUCAUCACAGCCAAAAAAGAAUGUUCCUACGACCGUCCGUUCUUCCGCUAAAAGCGAAGCGGAUGCAUCUCAGCCAAAGAAAAAACGGAGAGCUACUAGUGCUGGACAAGCGCAAUCGCCACCGGCCCUACGGACGUCGAAACGCCAACGGCGCACUCCACAGCGAAUUCAGCUCCCUUGACAGUGCCCGCGGUCGAAUAGCAUGUUGCGAGUUGGGCACGCUCUGGAUACCGGUACAUCAUUCCUUUCUUUCUACCUUCUGCCUACUAUAGUGUUGUAGCUCAAAGGUCGGUGGCAUGCCAUCCUACAUCUGUGGCCCCCGUUCUGAGCUAUAUGUAUCGCGUCUGAACCGAACAACUCUUUGCUUCCAAUCUUAUGAAACCAAUUGUAUAAAACUUUUAGAACUAGAAAGCUCCGCUCCAGCAUGAAGUAACGCCGGCUCGUACUUGUAACACGGAGGCAAACCUCCAGAAUCAAUCCCCAACAGAGAUAGAUGUGCAGCAUCAUGAUAUAUCUUGCAUGACCCCACAAAGCCGACAGCUCUCUGUCAAGUUUGAAUCUAAUAAUUGCAGACGCUCUUCACUGGCAUGUACAGGAAGUAGCUGGCGUGGUUGUUUUGCAGACAUUUCAUACUCAGAGAUUUGCCCAAUUGCCUGUCCAGCACAUUCGGCACGAAGAGACUCUGCAUAUUCGUCCACAUCAUCCCAAGCUUCAAAGGUCAUGUAGUUGUUGAAAACUUCCUCGCCCUGUUCCAUGUCCCUCAUGGCUAGGCUUCCGGCGCAAGACACAGUCCGCCGGCUCCUAUCCAUGGCUGGAUUGUAGAUCUUGUAUCGCUCUUGAUCUGCUGUAAUGUUAAAACCUGUGUACGAUAGCUCUGUCAGAUACUGAUAUUCGGCGUCACCCACAUUGGCGGUUCCGUUGCACCCGUGGUUGACAAAUGAUGCGAUUCCUGGAUCGACAUCGUAAGCUCGAUAGCCAAAGUCUUCGGCAGUAAAGCCGUAACCAUCCGCGUACCCCAUAAGGAUGUUCCAGGUCUUGAGGGGAAUGGUCAUGUUCUCAGCAUGGUCCACAAACUCAUCCACAACGCGAAUGGUGGCAUCCGUAAUGUACACAUUUUGCACGCAGGUAUCGAUAAAGACGUAGGACCCUUCCUGAAUGUCGUGUUUCACAAAGAUGCCACGCCCAGCAUUCUCCACAGUACUUAGCUUGACCUCAAAGGACGAAAUAGGAACUAGGGCCCUUUCCGGGUCAAGUAAUCCUUCGCAGGCAUCAUCUUCAGGGUUGUUGUCACAGAAGGCGUCCGCGGCCAGUCUGCUGGGAUUGUGGUACGACAUAAUAUCGGUGGCAUCGACGUAGUCAAAGGGCGGCAGUAGCUUUUCGCGAAUGGAAAGCCGAACCAUUGCUUCGCUAGCAAACCAUCGUCCCAGCAUCUCGUGGUCGUCCGAAAAGGCCAUCAAAAAGUUCGCUUCACCUUCGUCGUACUCCUUAAUGAAGCCAAACCGGUCUUUAGCAGCGAGAGCCUCAAGCCACUGGGACUUUACGGCUCGGUUUUGAGCCGUUUGAAUGGACAUUUUCAACACUAGAGCGCUGUCAUCUUUUUUUAGUACUCGUUCCAUAUCAGCCGCAAUCUCCACCGUGCCUGGCGUCGUUUCGACAAAAAUCAUGUCCACAGUGCGGUUUUCAGCCCUGGCAAACCAAUCGGCAGCUUUUUCGUUUCGGAUUUCAACGCGGGGAUAGUCCUUUCCUUCGACAUUCCAUGAUUGAUCCAUCUCCAAAAGAAUGAGAUGCUUCAGAGUGGAGUGCUGCAAGAGUUGCUUCAAAGACGCUACGGAACCUCCCACAAGGACGGCGGUUUCGGUUUCUUUGCUGCUGGAGGCCAACAUGGCUGGAUGUACCAGUGCACUUGCCACACGCAACUCCUUUCUUUCAGUUUUGGCAUCAGCAGUAGUCUGUUUCUUUACUACAAGCUCUGAUGUUGGAAUCAUAGGCUGACCAAGAAUAGUUUCGACGGAGGCAUGGUCCAGCGAGACUCCAUUGGCAUCAAUCGAGACUUGCUGGGGAGCGGUGUGAAUGAUAAUGUGCCCUUGGGUAGCAAUGCCUACGCAUGUCAUGUGUCGGGGACUGACUUGAUCACAGUGAUAUGACAAAAUGGUACUAUGGCUCGUUUUCAUAAUUUCCUUGAGAAGUUGAACGACAGAGGAUUCGGUUGACAGUCGGUCUUGCAACUGAUUCAGCGCACGACCGGCUAGAUCCACCGAGAAACGCUGCCGCUUCGUUUCGUCUUGCUUGUCUCUCUUCGUUGCUCUUGACGUCACAUCUGCACUACUACUAGUAGACCGUACAAGGAACGACUCACUAGCAGUUCCCUCCGUCUUGAACCGCUUCGACGAGUAUCUCGUCGACGCGGGAAGCACGGGUGAUGUUCCGAGAACGGGUGGCGGCAGACUCCGAACAAAAUUGGGAGCUUCUUCCUGCGUUUGUCGAGGCGGUAUUGCUAGCAACUGUUGCUGUUGAUGCGUGUGUAGCAAAUACGUUCGUGCCGUCGAUCCAACUAAAAAGGAAACACCCAUUCCCACGGCUGCACUGACCAGCAAAAACGCAAGAGACACGGGCAUGUGAUACAACGUCAUGGUUCUGGUCUCCUUAUUAUUCUCGUUAGUAGCAGAAAUCGGUUGUGUCAUGGUGCUGUCUUCUCGGAAGUUUGUUGUGACUAUCAGCGUUAGAGACGUUCGUUGUACUUGGCUCAGCUCGGUCCUCUCACAAGAUUGUUGUCUUCCCUUGCUUUUGAUCUGCGUUUUUUCCUCGAACCAUUUGACCGUUGCGAAAACUAAAAUGUGAGCAGUUCCAACCAAAAUGGGGCUUCCCACUUCCCUCCGAGGCGGCACAUACUUCAAUAUUCAUGCACGUAGGAUUGCAUAAGCGCAAUAUUUUGUUCCAAACGCACCCGACGAUCCUUGGCG